CACGCAAAUGGCUGCGGGGUCUCGCGCAGCGGCGGAGACAGCACGAGGCGAGCGACCCCUGGGCCCUGGGCUGGCGGACGGAGACGAAGACGACGACGACUAGGAGGACAAGGGCGAGGACGACCAAGACCACGGCGGUGGUGGUGGUAGCCGCAUUGGCGGCCCGAGCUCUUGGAGGAAAGGAGGCAGCGGCUGCGGCCGCAGCGACGACGACGUCCUGCGCAUACCCCCUCGCGGCGGCACCCACCAUUCCCCCCUCCUCCGCGGCGGCGGCGGCCACCAUCUUCCUCCUGCUGCCAGUGGUAGCGCUCGUCGGGCGGAGCUGGGGCUGAAAGACACACAGAAGUCUUCAUGGAUAUAGUUGAUACAUUUAAUCAUUUAAUUCCUACUGAACACUUAGAUGAUGCCCUAUUUCUAGGAUCCAACCUGGAGAAUGAAGUCUGUGAGGAUUUUAGUACAAGUCAGAAUGUCUUAGAGGACUCGCUGAAGAACAUGCUCAGCGAUAAGGAUCCUAUGCUAGGAUCUGCGAGUAACCAGUUCUGUUUGCCUGUUUUGGAUAGCAAUGAUCCCAAUUUCCAGAUGCCUUGUUCAACAGUUGUUGGUCUUGAUGAUAUUAUGGAUGAAGGUGUUGUUAAAGAAAGUGGUAAUGAUACCAUUGAUGAAGAAGAACUUAUUUUGCCCAACAGAAAUUUGAGGGACAAAGUGGAAGAAACUUCAGUCAGAUCACCAAGAAAAUCGCCUCGUUUAAUGGCACAAGAACAAGUACGAAGUUUGCGACAAAGCACUAUAGCCAAGCGUUCAAAUACAACACCUUUAACUAAUUCAAAGAGAGCAGCUGUCAAGAAUGCAUCUGUACAAAAAACAGGAGUCAGACAACUGGACAGGUGUCAAAAUAAGGAAGAAGGUGUUUGUACACCACCCAAACCAGAAGUUAGAAGGAGUAGUCGACAUUCUGGGUUAACAGAAGAGGGACCUGAAGUGUCAGCAGUUUCUUCAAGUCAUUCAGCAGCAUCACCUUGUCAUGAACUUAAGGAUGAAGCCAAACUAGAUAUUAAACAUAAAUGUCAUAAGGGAGAAACAGCUGUGCCAUCCCAUUCAUUAACUACUCCUCACCUAUCAGAGACUUGUAGUACUGAAGAAAAAGAAGAAAGUAAAACCAAGAGUGACAGUCCAGUAUUUUUUAAGCUUUUAGAUAACGAAGUUGAACAUAAUGAUCCUGUUAGCAAUAAAAAAGGUGAAACUAACCUCGAAGAAAAGGAUUCUAAUGGAAGUAUUGACCAUACGUCAAAGGAAACCUUAAAAUUUUCCAGAGAGGUUGACCAAAUGGAGGUAGCAGAGGCUGUUGCUACCUCAUCUGAUAUUGCUACUUGUUCAACUCCAAACAAUGUAGAAAAGAACAGUGGAGUUCUAUCCAGUUCUGUGGAUGAGAUUACUGAAUGUAAUACAGAAUUGCAGGAUGCUAUGGAAACUACUGUUAAAGCUGUACCCUCACUUCAAGGAACUAGAAACCUUUUGGGUAAUUUUAAAGAAGGAGAUAUUAAAGUAUCUGAUGACCACUCAGAUACUACAGAAUUUAAUGAAACUGAUUUAAAGAGUGUAGAUACUAAUACUAAUGAAUCAGAAAGUAGUGUUUUAGAAAACAGUGUCUGUGGUCCUCCUGACCAAAGUCCACAACAGCAUGCUGAAAAUAUUAAAAUAGAAUCUCAUGAAAUAGAAAUUCAAGAUGAUAGAAACAACCAGCCCAGUAAUAUUUCUUCAUUAGAUUGUAAGAAUGUUAAGUCCAAGAACACUAAAUCUCUGAUUCAGUCUAAGCAAAACAUAGCUAUGGUUACUAAAAAAAGAAUUGUUUCAGCGAAACAAGAAAUUCAUAGCAAAACUAGAGUUGGAGUUAAAAGUAUGAAAAGGAAUGCUGAAGAAUCUCAGCAAAAUUUUCAUAAGCCAGUUAAAGUUAGAAAAAAACAAGUAGAUAAAAAUGUGAAAUCACAAAGUAGUGGUCCAGAGAUCAAAUCUGUGAAAACUCAUACAGCAUUGAAAAGAGGUUCGCAGGCUCAAAAUUUGGCACAGACCCCUAAACUGUUAACUCACUCUUUGCGUGAUAAAAUGCUUGGCCACCCAGGUUGUUCUAAAGGCUCUUACCAUACGACUUCAGCCCAUAUUAGACAUUUGCAACAUUCCAACCAGAAACAAAUCCAUAAGCAACAGCAGUUAACAACAAUGAAAACUAAUAGUCAUGUAAAGGAAGAUGUAGAAUAUUUAGGUUUAGAACCUGUCAAGGAGGAGGAUAAACUGAAAGUUAAAAAAUCUGAGAAGAACCUUCAACCACGCCAAAGAAGAAGUAGUAAAAGUUUUUCUCUGGAUGAACCUCCAUUGUUCAUUCCAGAUAACAUAUCUACUGUAAAACGAGAAGGCUUAGAACACAUCUCUUCAUCUGAAAACAAAUAUAUGUGGGCUCCCAGCAAGCAGUGUGGUUUUUGCAAAAAACCACAUGGCAACAGGUUUAUGGUUGGCUGUGGGAGAUGUGAUGACUGGUUUCAUGGAGAUUGUGUAGGGUUAAGCCUUUCCCAAGCACAGCAAAUGGGAGAAGAAGACAAAGAAUAUGUAUGUGUGAAAUGUUGUGCUGAAGAAGAUAAAAAGAGUGAAACUUUGGAUUCAGAAGUUUUGGAAAACCAAGCUAAAAUUGAAGUUCAUAGAGAAGAUAAAGCAAUGGAUUGUGAAAAACUUGGUUUAUCUAAGCAAGCACCUACAAAUGAAAAAAACAGACAUGUAGAUGAUACAACAAAGCACAAGGUCAAAAUUUUAAGACGGGAAUCUGGGGAUGGUAAAAAUUCAUCAGAAUAUAGAGAUUCUGAAAUUAAAAAAUGGCAACUGGCUCCUCUUCGAAAGAUGGGACAAACAAUUUUACCCCGGAGAUCCUCAGAAGAGAAAAAUGAAAAAAUUAUGAAAGAGUCUACGACUGUUUUUUGCACAGGUGAAAAAACCACAAAGUCAGGUAUACAUGAAAAGCCAGAGUUAAAAAAGAAGAAAACUGAGAAAGCAGGAUUGCCUAAUGUGCACACACCCCCUACUCCUACUUCCAAACCUUCUGCAGACCAGAUCAGACAAAGUGUCAAACACUCUCUUAAAGACAUUCUCAUGAAAAGACUUACAGAUUCAAAUUUGAAGAUCCCAGAGGAACGGGCAUCCAAAGUUGCAACAAAAAUUGAAAAGGAACUUUUUUCUUUUUUUCGGGAUACUGAUGCCAAAUACAAGAACAAAUAUAGAAGCUUGAUGUUCAAUUUGAAAGAUCCUAAAAACAAUAUUUUAUUUAAAAAAGUACUGAAAGGAGAGGUAACACCUGAUCAUCUCAUAAGAAUGAGUCCUGAAGAACUAGCUUCUAAAGAAUUAGCUGCCUGGAGACGAAGAGAAAACAGACAUACCAUUGAGAUGAUUGAAAAAGAACAGAGGGAAGUGGAAAGGCGUCCAAUUACAAAAAUUACUCACAAAGGUGAAAUAGAAAUUGAGAGUGAUGCUCCAAUGAAAGAACAAGAAGAAACCAUGGAAAUGCAGGAGUCUACUACUACUAAGUCUGUGGAGAAAGUAGAAGAUUUAGAAAAAGAAGAGGCUGAUUCUUUGUCUAAAGAUACCACAAGUCAACAUAAAAAUCAUCUUUUUGAUCUUAAUUGCAAGAUAUGUAUAGGUCGAAUGGCACCACCUGCUGAUGAUCUUUCUCCCAAAAAGGUGAAGGUGGCUGUUGGUGUAGCUCGUAAACAUUCAGACAACGAAGCAGAAAAUAUAGCUGAUGCCUUGUCUUCAACAUCAAAUAUUUUAUCUUCAGAAUUCUUUGAAGAAGAGAAGCAAGAAUCUCCAAAGUCUACAUUUUCUCCUGCUCCUCGUCCUGAGAUGCCUGGUGCUGUUGAAGUUGAAUCUACUUUCUUGGCUCGAUUGAACUUUAUUUGGAAAGGUUUUAUCAACAUGCCUUCUGUAGCAAAGUUUGUUAUCAAAGCCUAUCCUGUGUCUGGAUCACCUGAAUAUUUAACAGAGGAUCUACCAGAUAGUAUUCAAGUAGGUGGCAGAAUAUCACCUCAAACUGUUUGGGAUUACGUGGAGAAAAUAAAAGCUUCAGGAACUAAGGAAAUUUGUGUGGUUCGUUUUACACCAGUGACUGAGGAAGAUCAAAUAUCUUAUACAUUAUUGUUUGCAUACUUCAGUAGCAGAAAGCGCUAUGGUGUAGCUGCUAAUAACAUGAAACUGGUUAAAGAUAUGUACCUUAUUCCUUUGGGUGCCUCUGAUAAAAUUCCACACCCUCUUGUGCCUUUUGAUGGACCUGGGCUUGAACUACAUAGACCUAAUCUGUUGUUGGGCUUGAUUAUCCGUCAGAAAAUGAAGAGGCAGUUUACUGCUAGUAGUAGCACUAGUCAUGUAGAUGAGACUCCUGAAAGUAUCCCAAUGACCUUGCCCCCUGAUAAAAAAAUUAAAAUAGAGAUUUCUAAUGAGGAAGAGCCAGAGGAAGAAAAUGAUUUUUUUAAUUCUUUUACAACUGUAUUACAUAAACAGAGAAACAAGCUUCAGCAGGCUUCUCAGGAAGAAAUUCCAGCUGUAAUGGAGCCUAUAGUAGAGUUGCUCAAACAAGAGCCUCCCAAACCUCUAAGGUUUCUUCCUGGUGUGUUGAUAGGCUGGGAAAAUCAACCUUCCACUCUUGACUUAGCAAAUAAACCACUGCCAGUGGAUGAUAUACUUCAAAGCCUUUUAGGUACCACUGGUCAGGUACAUGAACAGACUAAGCCAGCAGUGGAACCAAUUGCUACUGAAGUAAUACCUUUAAUAAAUGAACAGAUGAGCUCAAAAGAAGAAAAAAUAGAUGGUUUGGACAUAGCUAUGCGUGAAGCAGAUGAUAUGAAGAUAAAAAUGAACGACCCACCCAAGUCUGCAGAAAAUUCAGUACUAAUAGAAGAUACACCAGUAGUGGGAACCUCUCUGCAAUUACCAGGAACUUUGCCAGGUCUCACUCUCAAAGGAAAACCACCAGAUGUUUCUACUGAAGCAUUUUUAACAAAUUUGUCUAUUCAGUCACAGAAUGAAGAAACUGAAGAGGGUAAAGAGCGAGUAUCAAAAAGACAAGAUCAGGAAACUGCUUCACAAGAAAAUAAGACUUUUAAUACUAGUUCUCCCACUACAUCUAAUGGAGGUAAAGGAAAUGGAGAUAACAUUAGCACAAGUCCUGAAAAUAUGACUGCUAAUACAUCAAGGUCCCCACAAUUCAUUAAUCUUAAGAGGGAUCCCAGGCAGGCAGCUGGACGAAAUCAGCAGAUAACUUUGGACAACAAAGAGGGGGAUAGUAGCCGAAAUGAAGAUAAAAAAAACAUACCUAGUCAAUCACAUGACAAAGAACACACUGGAAUAUUAACCCAGCCCACAGAGCUAGAGGAAAAGCAGACUUCUGUAGAAAAAGACCCACAUUUUCAGCAGAGCAAUGAUCCAAAGUGUGAGGAUCAGCAGAUAGCAACUUCAAUAGAAAAUGCACACACUUCUCAGGCAGAGGAGACAAAACAUUUACAGGAUGAGUCUUCAAUGCAAAACAUUGAAACUGUACACACAUUUCGAAGGGGACCAGCCGCAACGACUUCAUCUCAUUUUGAAGCAGGAAGCACAUCUCAACCUGAAUUUAAUUCUAAAACCACCAACUUCACUUCAAAAAGCAUGAGUCCAGGAUCAGGUGGAAACUUUUCACCUGUUAGGCUUCAGCAGCACAACUUUCAACAUCCUAAAUCUAGUCCUCCUGGCUUUCCAUUUCCAGGGCCUCCUGCUUUCCCCCCACAAAGCAUGUUUGGAUAUCCACCGCAUUUGCCACCUCCAUUACUUCCUCCCCCAGGCUUUGGUUUUGCUCAGAAUCCUAUGAUGCCUUGGCCACCUGUUGUUCAUUUACCAGGUCAACCUCAACAUUUCAUGGGCCCUCAUGCACAAGCAUCAAGAUUUUCAGGUCCACAAAAUUUUUAUCCUGUUAAAGAUAGUCGGAGACCAGAGAGGCGUCAUAGUGACCCCUGGGGCAGACAAGACCAACAGCCGUUUAGCAGGGGGAAAGGUGACCAGCAGAGAUUUUAUAGUGACUCACACCACCUAAAGAGAGAGAGACAUGAAAAAGAUUGGGAGCAGGAGUCUGAGAGACACAGACGUAGAGACAGAAACCAAGAAAAAGAGAGAGACAGGAAAAGCAGGGAAGAAGGGCACAAAGACCAAGAGAGGUCUCGGUUAUCGCACAGUGACCGAGGAUCAGAUGGAAAAUCAAAUAGAGAUAAUAGGAAUGUAGAGAAGAAACCAGAUAAACCUAAAAAUGAAGACCAUGAAAAGGACAAAGAACGGGAGAAAAGUAGGCAUAGUGAAAAGGACAGGGACAGACACCACAAAGAUAGGGACCACACUGACAGAGCUAAGAGCAAAAGGUAAAAGAUGCAGGCUGUUUCAAAAUCGCAUUUAAAUAACUGUUGUAUGGUUCAUCUUCAAAUUUUGUAAGAAUGCCUGCUAGGAUUGUGCCAUCUUUUUAAAAUUCAGAGUUGGUGUUUUGCAGAAAUGUCCGUGUUUUGGUACAGAGCUCUACGUACCAAUGCUUGUCAUCCUUUACAUCAUACCAAUUAUUCCUAGAUGUAGGAGUUUAAUAUUUUUCAAAAGUUUUACAUUGCUGUAUAUUCAAAAAUUUCUUUUAUUAAUAUGCAAUAAAGGCUUAGAAAUUUUAGUUUUCUUCUGUAAUUGGUAAAUUUGGUUAUAUGUGGAAUAUACUGCCUCAUAUAAAUGUCCUUCAAGAUGAUUAAUUCUUUAGGGCAAAGUUCACUGUAAGUUUGUUUUUAAAUUGCACUGUUUUUAAAGGAAGAUUGUAGAGAAGUUUAAAAAUCCAAACUGAAUUUUAUUAAUCAGAUACUAAUAAUUCAGCUGAGCAUUUUUUGACAAGCCUUUGGAAGCCUGAGCAGUACAUUUAUUGCUUUAAACUGCACUUGUUUAAUAAGACAUUUUUAAUGCCAUAAACUACAGCUUUGUAGUAGACCAUUAUUUUCCCUUUUGGCUCUUCAGAAACUUGAAUACUUAAGCUUGUACAUGAUCUUGUGUUUUGCUAUCCUUUUUACUGUAAAAUGUAAAUAUUUUAAGGGAUAUUUUGAUUCUUAAUCUGAUAAAAUUUUCUCACCUAUCUUGUGUGUUUGAUUUCAAAACAGUAAAAGGAUGCUUUUCUAGGUUUUAAUUACACUUAAAACAUACUUGUAACAUAUACAUAGAGCUGAAUAUACAUCAUAUAUAUUCAUCCAUUGGUUAAGAAGAAGGAAAACCAGGAGUAGUUUUUUUUUCCUCUUUCAUACCCAGCUGACAUUUAAAAAAGCAGCAUUUCCUUAAAUGAAUGUCAGAGUUGUAUAUUACCAGGGUAUACAGAUAAUACUUCACUCUACAUAAUACUUGUCUUCCUGAAAAGUUGUGUAUAAAUCAAAUUUGUGUAGAUUAAAUCAUUUUUAAAUCACAACAGUAGCUUUCUCUCUAAAGGAAUCAUUGUGACUCCUUUCAGUGAAUAAUUACCCCAAAUUCAUAUUUAGUGUAAAUCUGAAUUUUAAUAUAUAAUGGCUUACUUAAUGAGGUGCACAGGUAUGUGUACUGCAUAAAUUGUGAUACCCUAUUCAGCAUUGUUGAUGUUAGUGGAGAAUCUAAAAUACGUAUUGUGGGAUUGCUGUAAUUUAACGUUCUUAAUUAUACAAACUAAUGCAGAAUUUGAAGCCAAGAGAACAAUUUUACUUGUUUAUGUUCAUGAGAGUAAUAUAAAUUAAAAGCAACUGCAUAUAGGAGCAUAGAUAUAGAACUGAGACAUCUUCAUUUUUUACGGUUGAGAAAAUGAGGUAAAUUAAGAAGAUAAAGCUUAUCUGUCAGUGUUACUGUUUAAUAGCACUCAUAAUGAUUGCAGGGUAAAAGAGAGUUUCUGAAUUUCAUUAUUUCUUUUUGGUGAGUGAUGGCCUAUUCCACAAGAACCUUCUUUUACUGUUUACUCUUACAUUAAUCAUCAGAAAAUUAUCUGAAAUAAAAGCAGUUCUCAUCCA